GCCAGCCUAUCUUAAAACAACGUUGGAAUUAUGAUAGGAUUCGGAUUCCGAUACUAUUUCAAUCCGAUCCGCUAAUUCCCGGAGUAAUAAAGGAAACAAGCGUGGGUGGAAUUGUCGAUUGACGACCGACCGACCCAACGUGAGAAACCCUCGCCUCCCAAGGAAGAAAAAGAAAAGGGCGCGAUCGGCUGAAGUACCCCGUUGGCGAUGGCCCCUCAUCCUCCUCCGUCGGCGACGGCGGCCGCCCAGCACGUGCAGCAGUUCCUGACGACGGCCCUGUCGCAGCGGGGCCCGGCGGCGCUGCCCUACUCGGAGGACGUGAAGUGGCAUAUACGGCAGCACCUGGUGGCGCUGGCGGAGGCCUUCUCCUCCCUCCGCCCUCGCACAGCCACCUUCACCCAUAACGACGGCCGUUCCGCCCAUCUCCUUCAGGCGGAGGGAACCAUCCCGAUCUCCUUCCGCGGCGCCGUGUACCACCUCCCGGCCUCCGUUUGGCUCCUCGAGUCCUACCCCCGACGCCCCCCUGCCGUCUACCUCACCCCCACCCGCGACAUGCUCGUGAAGCCUGGUCACCCCCUCGUUGAUCCAUCCGGGCUCGUCCGCGAGGAUGCCGCCCCGUACCUCCGCUCGUGGGUCUUCCCCGCCUCCAACCUCGUUGACCUCGUCCGAUCGCUCUCUCACCUCUUCGGCCUCGAUCCCCCCCUGUACACCCGCCCCAACCACGCUACAACUUCUCCUUCCCCCUCCCUCUCUCCCUCCCCUUCUCCCUUGCCCUCCUCCUCCUUCUCAUCCCCGUAUGGCGUUGGCGUUGGUAGCCCUUCACGAUUCCCCCCGCCCCCGUCGUCACAGGCCUAUCCACACUUGCGGCCCACCGAGGACCCCGCCGAGGUCUUCCGCCGCAACGCUGUUGCCAAGAUCUUGGAUGCCGUCCAUACGGACAUGGGUGCAAUGCGCCGUGCUCAGGAGGCUGAGAUGGAGGGCCUCUUCUCCACCCAGGCCGAGCUACGGCGGCGUGAAGAGGAACUUACCCACGGGCUCCGUGAGAUGGUCGAGGAGAAGGAGGGCCUUGAGCAGCAGCUGCAACUCGUCCUCAUGAACACGGAUUUGCUUGAGGGGUGGGCGAGAGAGAAUGAGGGGCUGUGUCGGCGGUGCCAUGAUGGGGUUGAUGUGGAUGAUGUCUUUGAGCCAGUUGAUGCCUUGUCGAGGCAGAUGCAAGAGUGCACGGCAGCCGACCUGGCAACUGAGGACACCAUCUAUGCACUGGACAAAGCUGUGCAAGAGGGAGCAAUACCAUUUGACUCGUAUCUGAAAAACAUAAGGGCAUUGUCAAGGGAGCAGUUCUUCCACCGGGCGUUGGCAGCCAAGGUUCGUGCUACACUUGUGCAGGCCCAGGUUACAAGCAUGGCUGCACGAGUGCCACACUAUGCUUCCUAGUGGAGGUGUUGUCUUAAAGAGUUUGUGGUCUUUGGUUGUCUUCAGUGCAGUGAUAUGGAUAUUCCUGAUGGUGAGUUGCAUUUCCUUUUCCCCCCCCCUUCCCUUCCCUUCCACAGACACAGAGAAACGUCACCCUGGUCGACUUAUCAUUCCAAAAACUUUACAAUGCCAAUUUGGAGAUCCAUAUCAGAGUUGGUUGAUGAGUUGCCUCUUCGCAAAUAAUGUCGAUUUUGGUGUUAUGCAUUGUAGCAAAACAAACGGAUGUUUGAUACUUACUCUCAAUUUUAUGUAAAAUUAAACAUAUUGGCUAUCGAUCUUUUUCUAGACCAAAU